UUUUUUCAGUAAAAAUGUACAGUGAAAUAGAGGAAGGUGAAUAUAUAGAUGAAGGGGACAUUGACACCGAGCAAAUAGAAAAAGAACAAAUUUCCACGAAUUUAAGGUUUUUAUUUUAUAAAUUUUAUAAAAAAAAUAAAAUUAGAAAAAUGUCCAAAAAUCGAAAACUGUCAAAACCACCACAAAUUGAAGAAGAUGACAAUGACGACGAUGAAGUUUUAAGACAAAAAUUACUUGAAAAUUUAGUGAAAUCACAGACUAGAAAACAAUUAACAGAAUCAAGUGAAGGAAGUAUUCAAUCACCAAAAAGAAAAUCUUCUCAAAAUAAUAAAUUAUCUAUUUUAAUUUCACAAUUGGAUUCGGCACAUAAAAAAAGAGAUUCCUAUUUAAGUAGACGGCGAGAAAUUCAAGAAAUGAUGACAAUUUGUGAUUUAGAUUUGGAACGAAUAAAUGAAACAAUAAAUAAAUUAAUUACCAAAAUUUAUUCUGACAUUCAAUCUGUCGCUAAACAACAGAAAAAACAGCAAAAACAAAAUUUAAAAAAUGAAAUUAAAAAAAUUUUGCCUGAAAAUGAGAAAAAAACACCAAUUUCUAGACUGCCAAUUCCAACAAGAAAGCGAAAAAAUUUAUUGGAUAAUAAUUCUACCAAUCGAAAAAUUGCAAGAAUUAUGGACGAAGGAGAGGAUCUCGAUUUGCGUGAAUUAAUUCCUUCUAAAGCUGUGGAUGUUAUUGGACAACAAUUGCAACAACAAAAAGAAAUACAAAAACCGAUAUUAAUAAAUUCUAGAAAUGAAGAUUUAAAUCAACAUUUAGUUCCACAAUUAAAAAGUUUAACAGAACCAAUCAAAGUGAUCAAUAAAAAGAAGAAUAUUCCUCAAAGUAAUAUUCCUCUUGAAGAGGGUGAAAUAGCUGAAAAUGAUGAAUCAUUUGAAGGAGAGGAGAAUGUUGUUAAUGAGAAAAUAAAAGAAAACAAAAAUACUAAUCAAGUUAAUGAAAACAAUUUAGUAGAAAAUGAAGUUUUGAUAGAAAUGGAUAAAAAUACAACAUCUAUAGUACCUGAAUUUUCUGAAAAUUUGGAAGAACAGGAUGCUAGAAAAGAAUCUCCUUCUCCCCCAACACUUCUACCUCCAUCACUUCCAUUAAUGAAUAUUCGUUUAUACAGUCCAAAUUUCCCUCAACAUUUAUUAUCACAUCCAGCAUUUUCAAGUAAUUUAAAUCCAUUUAUUCCUCUUUGCCCAUUUCAAUUAAAUGGACGUUGUGCAGACAAACAUUGUUUAUUUCAACAUGAACAAGAUUAUAUUUUAAACGAAAAAGAAAUUGUUGAAGAAUUUUUGUCUUAUUGGCCAAAACUUGUACCAAAAGGAAUGGGAAAUUCUGAUUAUGCUACAAAGAUGUUGGCAGAAGGCCCAUUAGACCAAGUACUUGGAUUUUUAAUGGCUAGUAUGCCCGAUGAUGUCCGGAUUUGUUUAAAUUUAUUUUCUGGAAAAUAUUUUGAAUAUUCUCAUGAUCAAAUUGAAUAUGAACAAACAAUAAAAGGGGCUGUCGGUCAACCAAAAGGGUGGUUGUCGUUAUCACAACAAAAAGGUAAUAUGAAAACUGUAAUCAACAAAAAUGACAAAAAGAAGUGGUUUGAGCCGAGAAAUAAAAAUAAUAUUAUUGAAUCAGACUAA